GCCUUUUUCUGGUCAUUCCAAUAUCCACCGCUAGUCACCAUGUAUGAUUUUUUUGAAACUCAAAAGCAAAUAUGGGGCUCAAACGAACGCUUAGAAAUACUAGGGAAAGACCUCAACUGUAUCCGAGCUCCAGGCCCCACAGACUGGAAGCUAUAUGUAGCCACCGAAUUUCCAUAUUAUCGUCCCAAUCCACCCAGCCCUUUGCCGACAGAUGAAGAAGUCGUAGAUGCAAGAGGCACUGAGAAUGAUCUGACCAAAGGUCUGCCUUGUUCGGCGGCUGUGUGGAGAGUUCGAGAUUACGCCGUUAAGGUGGGCAGAAUGCCUAAGAUACUACAGGAAGCUGAGAAUAUGCUGUACUUGGAGAAACAUUGCCCAGAACUUAAAAUCCCCAAAGUAUGGGCAGCGUACAAAUCCGACGAGGGGUACUGCAAAAACUUCUACAUGCUCAUCACUGAGUACAUUGAUGGCCCCUCAUGCUAUCCUCCUGUCUGGGAUCCACUAUCUGACACAACAAAGUCGAACAUUCUGCGCAAACUAGGAGAUCAAGUACGGCUUCUGCGGGCAGUCCCGCCACCCAAUCCUACAUAUUACGGCCGAAUUUACAACCAAAGCUUGGUCAAGAACGGUAAUAGUUAUAUUUACUUGCACAAAAACAACGGCAACGGCGAGAUGUUCCACGGCCCAUAAAAAUCACACGAAGAUUUUACUGAACGCAUUUUCAGUGCCGGAUUAACGCACAUGACUCAUUACACCAAUGUAAAGGACUUCUUCCCGCGGUUCAAAUUGUUUAUGGAGUACUACCACGACACGAUGCGUCGCGCCCCUGGCCAAAGGCCUGUGCUGACCCAUAAUGACCUCCAAGUCCACAAUGUGGUUAUCAAAGCCACCGAGAAUCCUGAAGAUCCAGACAUUUAUAUCGUCGACUGGGAAUGUUUAUUGUGGGAGCCAGCGUACAUGGAGGCUGCCAAUUCUCUCAUGAAAUGCGCGGCGAGUACUAGCCCAAGAAUAGGGGAAUCUUGCUAUCAGCUUCACAAGGGAGAAAAGGAUGGGGGGUACUGGGAGACUGCGCUGUUUGUAGCUGACUUUUGCGCUGAGGCAGCGAUCUCUGGC